CACACACACACACACACACACACACACACAUACACACACACACGCCAUGGAGAUUGGAUGGGGCCAGAAGGCCCUCUUCUGGGCUGUGAUGUUCCUGUACAUGAUGGCCAUCCAGCUUGGCGGUGCACCGGGCAACGAGCUUGUGCAAAAGAUGGUCUGCGAGCGCGAUCGCCACCACAAUGUCGUCAACGCAACACAGCCGGACUACUGCGAUUCAUCCCGCGUGACGGGCAAGGCCUCUGAGCUGCUCGUGUACUACAACCUGGCCAUGGUGAUCCCGUCCUUCUUUGUCGUCACAACGCUUGGCGCCCUCUCAGACAAGUUUGGCCGCAAGCCCAUGAUGUUCCUGCCGUGCGUGGGCUCGCUGCUGCAGCAGCUUGGCAUUCUGCUUGUCAUCUACAUGGACCUCGCCCUCCCCUGGCUGUAUCUGCCCAUGCUCUGCUACGGCAUCUUCGGCACAUACGCCCUCUUCCUCAUGUCCCUCUUCACAAGCGUUGCGGACGUGACCUCUGAGAAGGACCGCACGGCGUGGAUUGGCGUCAUGGAGGGCAUGAAUCUCGCCGGCGCGUGUGCUGGCUACUACAUCGGUGGUGUUGUGACGCGACAGCUCGGUUACGCCGCCGUCUUCUGGCUCGUUGCGUGCGUGUAUGUGCUGGUGAUGGUGCUGAUCUGCUUCAUCCGGGAGCCGCUGCUGAAGCAGAACAGGAAGCGCCACGUGCCCUGGGCCGACGCCAACAUCGUCGCUGUCCUCCUCAUCCUCUUCAGGCGGCUGGAUCGGGCGCUGCUUGGAACGGCGUUUCUUUUGCUGAUGACAACACAAGUCGGCUACCAAAUUGUGAUUCUGUAUCUGCGCCACAUUUUCCACUGGCACGAGGACACCGUUGGCGCCUUCCUUGCCGUGUUCAAGGCAACCCAGGGUUUGAGCGUGCUUGUUGUGCUUCGCGUCAUCACAUAUUUCUUCGGCCAGAAGGCAAAGGACUACCCCCUUGCACAGGUUUCACUCGCCGUCAUGAUUGCGCAAUAUCUCCUGUGGGCGUUUUUCCGCGAAGAGCACGUCAUGUUCGCCCUCACAGCGCUGGGUCUCAUUGCGGGGAUGGCGUCUGCAAUUGCGCGGUCCAUGAUCUCCAAGACGGCGUCGCCCUCAGAGCAGGGCGGGGUGUUCUCUGCGCUCGGGGCGGUUGAGGUGCUGACGGGUUUGACGGGCCCCAUGAUCUUCAACCACGUCUACACCGCCACCGUCCAUACCCGCGACAACACAUUCCUCUUCGUCGGCGCAGGCCUGUCUGGGGUGGUUGCGCUGCUGCUGUGGUGGUACGCCGCCGUGCGCCCGCGCAAGGAGCCCGCGACGGAGCUGGACCCACUCAUCACCAACUUCACCGGCGAUCCAAACGAAAAGCACCGCAACAAGAACGUCGUGUGAUCGUGUGAUCGUGUGAUCGUAUGAUCGUAUGAUCGUAUGAUCGUA